UGACAUUGGUUUUCCAAGAAAAUGAGUUAUCUGGUAAUAUUCCACUAACUAUAAGCCAUUUGCAUGAACUGCAAGGAUUAUAUCUGUCUGAUAACAUGUUGGGAGGCUCAAUACCACAUGCUAUAUGUGAUCUAUUCAACCUCAAUACUUUAUAUUUAAGCCACAAUCAAUUUUCUGGACCAAUUCCUAAAUGUCUAGGAAAUGUCUCUUCUUUAAGAAAUAUUUUUCUACACUCCAACAUGUUGAAUUCAAGCAUACCGUCAAGCUUAUGGGGCCUAAAAGAUUUGAUCUCUCUAGACUUGUCAUCGAAUUCAUUGACUGGGUUCUUACCUCAAGAGAUAAGUAACUUAGGAGCAUCAAUAUAUAUAAACCUAUCGAUGAAUCAGUUGUCAGAUUCUAUUCCUAGCACUAUUGGGAAGUUGCAGAAUUUGGUUAAUUUGUCUUUGGCAAAUAAUAGACUAGAAGGUUCUAUUCCUGUGUCUAUGGGAAGCAUGAUCAGUUUGGUAACUCUUGAUUUGUCUUACAACAACCUCUCUUCUUCAAUUCCAAAGUCCUUGGAAGCACUUCAACACCUUGACUACUUUAAUGUAUCUUUCAACACUUUAAGUGGAGAAAUUCCUAAUGGCGGUUCUUUUAGAAACUUCACUAUAGGAUUCUUUUAAGGGUAAUGAGGCAUUGUGUGGAAUUCCCAAGUUUCAUGUCCGGAUUUGCCAUGAAAUUUCUAAUCAUGGAUCAAAGAGGAAGAAGGUGGAAAGAGCUUCAUUUAUUGUUUUGGGGGCUGUGGCUUUUAUCUCAGUUGUUUCUGUGGCCUUUAUAAUUGUCAGAUACAAAAGGAAAGAUAAGAGAACUAGAGAAGUUGAUGGGAUGAUAUCCAUUGGGCCGGAAAGAAUCUCUUAUUAUGAAUUGCUACAAGCAACUGAACAAUUCAGUGAAAGCUAUUUACUUGGCAUCGGGAGUUCUUGCUCUGUUUAUAGAGGAAUUCUUAACAAUGGGAAGGAUGUCGCUGUCAAGGUGUUUAAUAUGCAGUUAGAAGGUAUUUCAAGAAGAUUUGAUGUCGAAUGUGAGAUACUACGUAGCAUUCGACAUAGAAAUCUGACGAAUGUCAUAUGCAGUUGCUCUAAUGAAGAGUUCAAAGCAUUAGUACUUGAAUAUAUGCCAAAGGGAAGCCUUGAAAAAUGAUUAUAUUCCCACAACUAUUGCUUGAAUGUGAUGGAAAGAUUGAAUAUAAUGAUUGAUGUUGCAUCUUCUUUGGAGUAUCUUCACCAUGGUUAUUCAACGCCCAUUGUCCACAGUGACUUGAAGCCUAGUAAUGUGUUGUUAGAUGAAGACAUGGUUGCCCAUGUAAGCGAUUUUGGGAUAGCAAAGUUGUUAUGUGAUGGAGAUAGCUUUGUGUUAACCAACACGCUACCAACAUUGGGUUACAUCGCUCCAGAGUAUGGUUUGGAAGGGCUAGUUUCGAUAAAAUGUGAUGUGUAUAGCUACGGAGUGAUGUUGAUUGAAACUUUUACGAGAAAAAGGCCUAGUGAUGAUAUGUUUUGCGGAGAUUUGAGCUUAAAGAGUUGGGUAGAACUCUCACUUCCAGAGAUGCCAGAUAAAGUGAUAGAUGCCAACUAGUCAUGAAUUUGGAGGAAGAACAGUUUGACAAGAAUAUGCAAUGUGUAUCAUCUAUACUUAAACUGGCUUUAAAAUGCUCUGCCGACUCUCCCGGGGAUAGAAUCAACAUGAAAGAAGCGCAUGCGGAAUUGCAGAAAAUCAAACAUCGGUUUUCCCAAUGAGAAUGGAAGUAAGUUAUUUCAAAGUUUUAUGUUUUUUCUAGGAUAGUAUAUUUGUUUGGUUUUUAGUAUUUGAAGGUAGUAUUUAGUCUUGCAAUUCGUUGAAGCAUUUUCUCGAACACCAUGAACUCAAUCUUUGAUUAGGAAGAAUGCAGCGUUUUCUCAAACACCACUGCCAGCAAUCUUUUUCAUCAAUAUCAUCAACCAAAUAGUAAAUGAUAUCUACCUGAUUUUGUGGAACUAGUUUAAGAAAAUUCAUGUAAAUUAAUAAAUGAUUCACCAUGUAAUUAGUAUAUGAAUAAAAACUAUGUAGAAACUGUAGU